UGAUGACAUUUGUUUUAUUCCUGUGAUUGUUUACUAAAUUGUUGAUUCAAUCUUUCUAAUUCUAACUGAGUUUUAUCAAAUUUUUUUUUUUAAUAUUUACGUCAAUUAACUAUUUCUUCCUUGUGUUUCAACGGUGUUUUUACUGUAUCGAAAAUGAAUGGUUCAGAUAUUAUUGAGGGCGAAGUUUGUUCUGGUGGUGAACCUUUGGAGGAAAAUUAUUAUUACAUUGAUGACGAGGGGAACAAAGUUGGUGUCAAUAUUGAUGAGCUAGAAGAUCUGGAAAAUGGAGAAGAAUUUCUUCUAUAUUAUGCUAGAAAUGGUGAGCUAUCAAUGGUCCGUAAGCUAUUAUCAUCUCGAGAAGGUGGAACAAUUGAAUUGAAUAUUGAUUGUAAAGGUAAAAAGAAAAACAAUCAUGGAUGGACAGCCCUUCAUUUAUCCUGUUAUUUUGGUCACUAUGAGGUGGUUAAAAUCUUAUUGGAACAUCGGGCUUCCGUUAACGUGAUCAACGAUUCAGGAGAUACACCUCUUCAUAAAGCUUCAUACGUUGGUCGAUUGGAUAUAGUUACCCUUUUAUUGGCUCAUGAUGCUGAUGUUUUCAUUAAAAAUGCUGAAGAUAAAACACCGAAAGAUAUUUGCCAAGAUUCUGAGAUAUUGGAAGCUCUAUUGGCUGCUGAAUGUAAUGAUAUGAAAAGGAAAGAGGCUCAAUUUUUAAGAGCAGCCAGAGACGGUGAUCUAUCAACUGUUAAAGAAUUGCUUAAUGAUUUGAAUCCGGUUAAUGUUAAUUGUAAAGAUUUAGCUGGAAAUACAGCCUUACAUUGGGCCUCUUAUCGUAAUCAUAAGGAAAUCGUUGUCUUCCUACUUCAAAAUGGAACCGAUCCCAAUAUAAGGAAUAACAGUGAUCGAAUCGCAUCUUCUUUGGCCUCAUCGGUCCACAUAAAACAAUUACUUCUCAAUGUUCAACCAGUUACAUUCAAUAUGAACAUAAAAACUUUGGCCAAAUGUAUGAUCAGUCGUUUUGAGGGGCCAUUGGCUCGUCGAGGUAAAUUUCUGGUUCGACGUAAUGUUUGGGCUGUUCUGGAAAGAGGAGUUCUCUCGUUUUUCUCUAACCUCGCUGAUGCAAGUACCGGUGUUAAAAGACGAGGUUACAAAUACCUGGAAUCAGCUGUAGUCAAACCAAAUUCUAAAGAUGAGAAUAGUUUUACCAUUUUCUUUCCUGAUAACACUCGAACUGUACUUGCUGUUCCUCAGUCAACUGGACAAUCAUCAGUUACCUCAAACACUUCACUUGAUCGGCAAAAGUGGAUCAAUGCGAUUACCGAUCAUAUUGAUUAUGCGACCAAAUUUCUUAAAGAUGGAGUUCGAGUUGAUAAUGACGGAGAAGAUGAAUUAAGAGAGAUUCUUUCAACUCAAUCUGUUCAACCUCAUAUUAAUUCAGCUCAAGCUCAUCUUGGUAUCUUUCAGAAGCACAUUAAAGCGCUAGUUCAACUUUUCGAAGAGGAUAUGGCAUUUUUACGAAUCGAUAGUGAUAAAGCCGAAACUGAGCCACCGCCAUCGAAAGGUUUUGGUUCCUAUUUCUAUGGUGGUACCUCUUCUUCCGCUGGUGGUGGUGGGUCAAGUUCUUCUUCCACUUCCAAAGAGCUUUAUAAAGAGUGGAAAAAUUAUUGGCCUACUCUUAAAUUUCACCUCAACAUCCUAAUGGAAUCCGGAAGUCAUACAAGCGCUUCCCUGGCCGAUUGUAUCGCUUUACUUGCCAAACAAGAUCAACUUCGACAAUUAUUCGCUAAACGGGACCAGGAGAAGGUUCGAGUUCUCGAGGAAUCACUCCGAGUAUUGGCCAGAAAACACCAUGAAUUUGAACAUUCCCUGAUCCAAUCAACCGCUCGCCGAGGAUCACGAUUAACAUUUUCUGAGACCGAUGCUGAUGAAUAUUUUGACGCUUUCGGUGAUGAAGAUGAUAUUUCAGUUAUUGAUCAACCUUGUAGUGAAUCAACAUCGACCAGUGAUAGUGCCAGUGGAAUAAUCAAAUUAAAGGAUAAUCAAGAAAACCCAGAAGCUAUUAACGAUAAUCAAUCUAAUCAACAAAGAUUACAAUCUUUAUUGUUACCAAUGGAUGAUCCGAUUAAAGCUUUCAAUGCCUAUCUUACCGCCGCUGAUACAACUAUCGAUGAUAUUUUAACGGAAACACUAUCAAAUUCAUUGAAUAAAUCAUUGACCUUACCUUCAGCUCUUCCAAUGGAUACUCAAUUAACCGAAACAAUUAAAGCUCCAUCAUCUUUAUCGUCUUUAUCAUCAUCUAAGGCUCAAUCUUCAUCUCAAACAUCAUCAGUGUCUCUAACUCAGUCCAAUGAAAACCCACCUAAUCAAUUAGAGCAAUUAAUAUCAUUGUCAAAUAAUUAAUAACACAAAUUAAUAAUAUAUUUUUGUUAAUAAUAUUAAUUUAAAAUCAAUUGUGAUUCAGAAAACAAACAACAACAAUAAUUGCUUAUUAAUUCAAUGUGAUAAUUAACACUCACGCAUACACAACUUCCAGAAGCGACAAUUAACUAAUUGUUGUUAUUUUAUUUUAUUAUCAACAAGUAAAUCAAAAUAAGGUUUUAAUUAACUUUUAAUUAGUUUCCAAGUGUUUAAUAAAAGCCAAGUGUCAAUUAAUUAACAA